UGACUGACAAGUAGACUCGGUCCUCUCCUCCUCCUCUUCUUCUUCUUCUUCUUCUUCUCCUUGUUGCUUCCGCCCCUUCCAGUCGAGGUCGAGGUCCGGUGCAACGAACCAACAGAUCCGGUGGCCUCGCCUCACCGGAUCUCCCCAUUCCUUCACGUCUUGCCCUUGCCCGCCCAAGACAAGACAAGACAAGACAAGAGAAGCAAAGCAGCCAUCUUGAUCUUGAUCUUGAUGGGGAAGAAGCCCAAGUGGCUGGGCGCCGUCAAGAAGGCAUUCAGCCCCGAAUCAAAGGACCAGAAAUUGCAGAGGAGGUUGGCCGCCGCCGCCGGCGGCACCAGCGCACCCUACCCGCCGGAUCUGACGCCCUCCGCCUCCUACCUCGAGGCCCGUGCCUCCUCAGCUCCCCCACCCCUCCGCUACCCCGACGACUUCCCGGAGGCCUCACUUCCACCUCCUCCUCUUCCUCUUCCUGCUCCUGCCCCGGCCCCGGCCCCGCUCCCCGUCCCUCAAACUCAAACCCAAGAGGAGCAUGAAAUUCAGCAUGCCGCCGCCGCGCCACCCACGGAUGCGCCGCUCCCUGCCGCCGCCGCACCACCACAGGCUCAGGCUGCCAUCGUGCAGGCUCCUUCUUCCUCUCCUACCCUGUCCAGGGAGCUCGCCGCCACCAAGAUCCAGACCGCCUUCCGAGGUCACCUGGCAAGAAGGGCACUGCGGGCAUUGAAAGGGCUGGUCAGACUCAAGUCGCUGGUCCAAGGCCACUCCGUCAAGCGCCAGGCCACUAGCACGCUUCGCUGUAUGCAGACUCUAUCACGAGUCCAGUCCAAGAUACGGACGAGGAGGAUCAAGAUGUCCGAGGAGAACCAGGCCCUUCAGCGCCAGCUCUUGUUGAACCAGGAACUAGAGACUCUCAGGAUGGGGGAUCAGUGGAAUACCAGCCUGCAGUCCAGGGAGCAAAUCGAGGCCAGCAUGGUGAGCAAGCAAGAGGCUGCAGCUAGAAGAGAGCGGGCUCUCGCAUACGCAUUCUCCCACCAGUGGAAGAGCACCUCGAGGUCUGCGAACCCAAUGUUUGUAGACCCAAGCAACCCGCACUGGGGCUGGAGCUGGCUGGAGCGGUGGAUGGCGUCGAGGCCGUUUGACGGUAGAAAUGGUGCGUCCGAGAAGGAGGGCAGCAGCGUCGACCGCACGUCGGUGAACAGCACAAGCCUGAGCAUGAACCUCGGCGAAGGGGAGAUGAUCACAAAGGCCGACAACAAUGCGUACUCUUUGAACCCGGUUGAUGAUGGCAAGCCGGCGGCUUCGACUCCGAAGCCGUCCGUUCCUGCCUCCAGGCAGUCCCCUUCGACGCCCUCGCCGGUGCCGGCGAGGAAGAAGAGCACGGCGCCGAAGAGUGGAGACGGUGACGGCGGAGAUGACGCGAGGAGCGUGGUCAGCACUGUGCGGUCGGAGCGGCCCCGGAGGCACAGCAUCGGUGCAUCCAGCGUGCGUGACGAUGCUAGCCUGUCAGGCUCUUCCCCUUCGGUGCCGAGCUACAUGGCGGCCACCAAGUCGGCGUCGGCCAGGGCCAAGUCCCGUGGGCAGAGCCCGACGCUGAGCGAGGGAGCCGCUCACGUUGAGACGCUGGAGAAAGGAUGGUCUUCUGUGGGUUCAGCGAAGAAGCGGCUGUCCUUUCCGGCUGGGACGCCGCCGCCGGUGCCGGCACCGAGGAGGCACUCCGGCCCUCCAAAGGUGCGGCAGGCGGCCGUUGAAGGUGGCACUGAGGAACGGGACUCUGCACUCGUGUGACAAGAUAGAUGGGAAGGAGAUGAUGGUCUGGAGCGGAGCAGAGCAGAGAGGAGAUCAUCGUUGCUCAGCAUUUGUUGAGAGCGGAAAUAGAAUGUUUGUUGUGUGGGCCCAUUUGAUUAUUUGUGUGAUGGCAGUUGAUUUCAUUCAUUGAAUAAUAAGUAUCUGUAAUGAAGAUAAAGAGGAGGGGAUACGAACAUUAGUUCACUCGAUGUGUUGUACUACUAUUUCAUUUGAUUUGAUUUGCAGGGAGAGUUUCUUCAGACCCUUAUAA